AUGGCCGAACCACAACCCUCCGCAGUCCAAGGAGGCGCCGCAGACCCGCAUGCGCCGACCAGCACGGCCGACGACCGCAAGGCCGCCGCUGCGCUCUCGUCGCUCGAUGCGCAGGGGGAGAAUGGAGUGAAGAAGGAGGCGGAUAGCAAAGCGUUGGACAAGGCAAUGAAGAACCUCCAUGUGAAGAGUAGCACCGUGAGCGAAGAGAAGAAGAACGUCAAGAACGUCAAGGUAGAGCCUGGGGAUGUGAAUCUGCUGGUUUCGCAGCUGGACUUGAGUAAGCAGAAGGCUACCGACUUGCUCAAGGCGUAUGACGGGAGUGCGGUCAGGGCUAUGACUGCUUUUGUUUCGGGGAAGGCUUGA